UUCGGCUAAACUAAAUAGAGAUUGAAGAAGUUUGAUAUACAAUUUCUUUAUUUCUUUUUAAAAUUAGUAAAUACAGUUUGCAAUGAAGAUCCUGAUCAAUAAAUCUAAAGACUAUUUACCACUUGUGCAAAAUCGAUAUUCCUCACGUAGGCCUUGAAUAAAAUAUUAAACGUAAUCUAAACUAGAUAGAUUUUAAUGAAUGGGUGCUAUGUGUGAAUCUCUCAAUCGCCAUUACUAUCGCUCUUUAUUGUUGUUAGCAAGAUUCAAUAACUUGUUAAGAAGUGCGUAAUAAGUGAAUUGGUUUCUCAAAAUAGUGGAUAUUCAUUAUUUUGUAAAUAGAACGCGGUUUUCUUUCAAUUUUGGCGGGAUAGCUGGCACGUUUCGGUAACGUUGAAUGGCGGUCUGUCAUCUGUCGUCGGUGGACUCGGUGGCCUCAUGUUGAGGCCCUGAACACCAAAACUAAGUUCAUGUCUUGCAAUCUUGUAUCUUUAAAUUAGCAGUGCCUUUGUGAAAAUUAUUGUAGGGGUCGUUCGAUGUGGACGUUGGAUGAUGCGUCAGGAGUAGGCGCGUCGGCUAUGGAUGGGAGACGCGUGAGUCCACAUUACGAGGCGGGAUUCGAUUUGUGUGAUCCAUUGGGGUCUGUGUUGUGGUCAGGAGGGUCGGGGCGCUCGGCGGGUCGCGUUCUGCGCCGUCGCUGUCGCAGCGAGGGCGUGGAUCGGUCGCCGUACGAGGAUGCGUCGCGGGAGCCCUUGAAAUCGGCAGACGGCAUUCAGCGGCACCGGGCGCAGCCCAACAAGAGUUUCUUCACGUUGAAUACCUCGCCCGAUAGGUACAACCACGAGUGCACACUACCAAGAGCACACAACGGCGACUACCUCAUGGCUCACGAACAAAAUAGACACCAUGGUUAUCAGCCAGGUACACCAAUGUUCAAUCGAACAAGCCCCAUCAGACCUUUAAUGGUGACAACAUUAUCAAAUUCUAAAUUAGAAGAAACUAGGCUGCCAAAAGUAGAAGAACUCAUAGAAAAAUUAGACCAUGAUAUGGUUGAAUACACUGUAAAACAACCUUUAAAAUCAAUACUCAAUAACCCUUUACCAAAGUCCCCGCCACCAGUUGGUAUACUCAAGAAACCGAAGGGGCGAACAUACCAGGAGCCCAGAAGUACUGUAGAAGGCCGCAGACGACAGAGAGCUGCCAGUGAAUCUGACAAUAUUUAUACCAACUUUAAUAAUCCUGGCUCUCCUAUAUCUGGCUAUGAUAGCCGCCUAUCCUACCUCUCAAGCAACAACAAACGCCUCAAGGACAACUCUGGCUGUGGCUACUCGUACGGCACAGCCCUGGCGUCGCUCAGCGCGACUCCACGUAACAAAAGCCCCACCUUUCCAAGAAGAUGCGCCUGUAAAGACGCACCGCCCAAGGAGGAGACUAUGCACGUGCUCAGGACCACUGCCAUCAACAACGAGCAUGAUGAUGUGAACCUACAGCAAUCGCCAACCCCCACUUGCCCGGCCAUCAGCCCGGCCCUGCCGGUGAGCUCAGUGACCUCAAUGCCGGUGCCAAAGAAGGUCGUUAAGACCGGCAAAAAGAAGGUCAAGUCGAAGAAGAUCAAAGUUCCCAAGGUCUCAAAUACCGUGUGCAGUCAUGGGGAAGAUGAGGCGGACGCCCUCAGCCGCUCCCCCUCUCCCGACGGCCACAUCGACGGAGCCUGGCAGAUGGAGACGGACAUCAUAGACGUGGUGCUGAAAGAGAAACCUCCGCCCAGAACCGACUCCGGCGAGAGCCCGCCCUCCACGAAGCUUACUCCGAAAACCAACGGGGUUAGCGCGCCGAAGAAAGUUCUAGAAGCGAAAGAAUCACCCCUCUGCAUACCCGACACAGCAUCAAACUGCCUGCGCCAGUCCCUCUUCCCCCGCGUGCCCCCUUACCUCAAGUUCGUGAAUUACGACGAGACGACGGUGCAGAAGAUCCCCGCCCCCAUACAGAAGCACCUCAAGUGGAAGCUCACCAGCAUUACACCUAUAGUGGUCAAGAAAACGCUUACCAAUUCGGGCUUCCGGCUUGUUAAGAGCGAGUGUGACACGUCCGAAUGUCCCCAAGAAGAAACGGUAGAAUGGAUCGGCAUAUGGGGCAAACACAUGAAGUCCCUAAUGUUCAGGGCGAUAAAAGACGGCCAGAAAAUGAACCACUUCCCGGGCACCUUCCAAAUCGGCCGCAAGGACCGCCUGUGGAGAAACCUGCAGAAGCUGGUUGCCAAGUUCGGCGACAAGGAGUUUGGUAUCAUGCCCAAAUCGUAUGUCCUGCCGCACGACUUGAAGUUAUUGAAGUAUGAUUGGGAAAAAUAUGCAGCUAAUAAUGAGAGGUGGAUCAUCAAACCGCCGGCGUCUGCUCGGGGCACCGGCAUCAAAGUGGUUUCCCGCUGGACGCAGAUCCCCAAGAAACGGCCCGUGGUCGUGCAGCGCUACGUGUCCAAACCUUACCUCAUCAACGGCAACAAGUUCGACAUGCGGCUCUACGUGCUCGUCACGUCCGUGCACCCGCUCAGGAUAUACUUGUUCAAGGACGGACUCGCCAGAUUCGCGUCAGUGAAAUACAACGAUGAGCUGACGUCACUCAACGAUAGGUACAUGCACUUAACCAACUACUCCAUCAACAGACUGUCCAAGAACUACACGCCGAACGAAGAUUUCGCGGCCUGCGAGGGACACAAAUGGACGCUUCAAAGCUUGUUCCAAUACUUAAAGUCUGAGAAGAACGUGGACACGGACGCACUAUGGAGCUCAAUGAAGGACCUAGUUAUCAAGACUGUGAUCUCUGGCGAAGCUAGCAUCAGUUCGCUGACGAAAGCCAACAUCACGUCGCGGUACAACUGCUAUGAGCUCUUCGGGAUCGAUGUUCUGCUGGACGAGGAUCUGAAGCCGUGGUUGUUGGAGGUGAACAUCUCGCCGAGCCUGCACAGCGCGUCGCCGCUGGACACGCACGUGAAGGGCCCGCUGGUGCGCGCGGUGCUCAACAUCGCGCAGUUCCAGGUGCCGCUCAAGGUCAACCUCGACAUGCUCUCCAAGGACCGCCCGCACAAACUGGGUGGAUUACCUUACGAUAGCAGAUUAUACACGGUGUAUUUGUCGAAAGAAGAGAGAGACAAGCAUAUUAUUUACACUAAUAUGGAAGAAAGAAAUAUGUACUUACGCGACAUCCUGUCGACGCUGACGCCCGACGACGUGCGGCACCUGGUCCAGGCGGAGGACGAGCUCACGCAGUCCGAGGACAUGGAGCGGAUAUUCCCCACGAAGGGCACCCACCACUACCUCAACUACCUCAGCGGGCCGCGCUACUACAACCGGCUCUUUGACGCGUGGGAGACGCGGUACGGCACUAAUAGGGAAGCGGGUCUGCUACUCCUCCGCAACCUGUGCGACAUCGGCUACCACCUGGAGGUGCCGCCCGUGCCGCUGAAGCGAGCGGCCGUGGUGCUGAGCGCGUUGGAUCGUUGCAGAAUGAUGUCGACGCUCCGUCGCCGCCGCCCUCCGAGCGCGCGUCCGUGCCCUCCGUCGCGAGCCCCGCGGCCGAGAGCGGCUCUGCGGGCUCGCUGGCCGCGCCCGGCGGCCCCCGCUGCGGCGACACGCUGCUGCUCCGCGCCGCGCAGCAGCUGGAGCCGCGCGCCUAGCGUCCCGCCGUGUUCGCGCAGUGCCCGCGCGGCCGCUACCGCCGCCUCGCCGCCUGCCGCCAGCCCGCCUGCGAGCCCGGCUGUCGAUCUCAACAGGAAUGUGCGCUCUACCGGAGCGCCGUCGCCAAGGCCGAAGGCGCCCGCCGAGACCGCCCCGACCGGCCCGCCCGCCCGGGCGCCGACCUUAUACUCAUCUUCUUCAAUUUCGCCCGCGCUUAGUGCGCCGACGGAGUGUGGACUCUGAGCCUUCGACGAGAGAGCUUAAAUUCGUCGUUAGUCUUAAAUUAGUCGUGUAAGAUUUCAUUUUCGAUCGAGCUCCGGUUUACAUUCCCGUCUUGAAAUCUCUCAUCCCUCUAUUUAUGGUGUAAAAAAUUAGAAAGUUAAGAAUAAAAAAAUCGUAAAGUAGCUUAAUGCCCGUAUCCUGUAUGAAAAGACAUAGCGUAGGUUGUCUGUUUAGAAUUUAAUUGAAAAGAAAAUAUAGGUGUAAGGCUGAAGGCGCGUAUGCUCGUCCUGGCUUGUUAUUGCUCAUUUUUUGUAGAGCGAGGUCCGAGCCAUACGAAUCCUACGUCUAAAUAAAUUUCUAUGAAAUUGAUACCCGUAGCCUUGUACUGAAGUUAUUUUCUAUUAAAAAAUGUCUAUACAUAGUGGAUGUGAAUUUAGAACUUCGUGAUUUUAAAGUGAUUUUAAAGUGAAAAAUAAUGAGAAAAUUAUAGUAGGUAUUUUCUAAAUUACGAUGUGUUCACUGUAUACCUAGUGUUGCUAGAGUAGAGCUUCUCGGGGCGAGCCCGAUCUUAUUGGAAUCGUGUUCAAAGUGUGCGAUAGAUCGGAAACCUACGUAGAGUAAAAAUUUUACGGAUACAAGUUAUUGGUAAUCUUCAUUCCUUUUACUUGAUUUUUGCUGUUAAUUUAUUUAAAAAAAUGUAAAUCAAAUGACGAAAUUAGCAAAAUGUACUUCGUAUGUAAUAUGAUCCGAUGAUAAAGCUAUUAAUGAAAUUUAAAUUAUUCUUGAUGAUUGUAAUUCCCAGUUUGUUUUAAUUCAACUACGACAUUUUUGAUGUUGUUAUGACAAUUUUUUUUAUGCUUAAUCUUAUUACAAGCGAUGUAAUUUAUUUUUUGUAAUAAAUGUUCGGUUUGUAA